AUGCCGCCCCUGCACCUCCUCCGCGGCAGGUGGGUGGCCUUGGUCACCUCUACCCUAGUACUCAUGGCCGCCGGCGGAAGCGUCUUCCUCUUCCCCGUCUACUCCAAGGCCAUCAAGACUUCCUUGGGCUACGACUACAAGGCACUCAGCGUGCUGGCCGUCUGCAAGAACCUCGGUGCAAGCUUCGGGUUCCUGCCGAGCCUCAUCUACGACUUCGCCCCGCCGUGGGUCGUGCUCGCGUCCGUCGCCGCCAUGAACCUGCUCGGGGUGCUGGCGAACCUCGUGCUCUACCUCGCCGUAGCCGGGCACAUCGCUCGGCACCCCCUGUGGCUCAUGGGCAUCUCCAUCGCGCUUGGCGCCAACUCUCAGUCCUUCGCCGUCACCGGCGCGCUCGUCAGCUCCGUCAAGAACCUCCCCGACCACCGCGGGCCUGUGCUCUCCCUGCUCUUGGCCUUCGCCGGCCUCGGCGGCGACAUCUUGGCGCAGUUCGGCCACGCCUCUGGCGGCUCGGCCCUUCUGCUCUUCAUGGCGUGUCUGUACUUGGUGCUGCUGCCCUUCGCCUGCAACAGCAUCCGCGUCAUCCCGGCCGGGCCCGGGCCAGCUGGGACCGGGGCGGCGCGUUCGGAAGUCGAACGCAGAGGCGUCGUGCUUUUCCUCCUCGUCUCCGUCUCCGCUUCUGCGUGCCUCCUCAUCCUCCACGUCGUCGACCUGGUAGCGGCCGCGCACCUCCCUGGACCCGCCUACUACGUCACGGCCAUCUUCGUCGUUGUCUUCGUCGUCAUCUCCCUGCUCGUCGUCGCCGUGAAGCAGGACUCGUCGUUGCCCGCGACGGCUGCAACCUCUGGCGAGGCAGCAGCCGCGGGGUCGUCCUCGUCCAUGCUCAACAACAGCAACCCGACGCCGCCGUCGAGCUUCCGGCUGGAGAGGCGCUGCAUCCUGCGGGCUGUUUUCUCCGUUGAAAUGAUGCUUAUCUUCGUCGUCACCUUCGCCAUCGGCGGCGGCGUGCAGACUCUGAUCGACAUGAUCGACCAGAUCGGGCAGUCGCUCCGGUACAAGGACGGCGCCACCUCCAAGCUGGUGUCUCUGGUGAGCCUACUGGACUACGCCGGGCGCCUGGUGGGCGGAUUCGGUUCCGAGUACAUGGUUGCUCGUCACAAGCUGCCACGCCCGGCGGCGCUCACCUUGGCGUUCCUCCUCGCCUGCUUCGGCCAUCUGUUCAUCGCCCUAGGCGUGCCCUCCGGCCUCUACCCCACCUCGGCGAUCAUGGGGUUCAGCCUCGGUGCGCUGUGGGCGGUGGUGUUCGUCACCAUCUCGGAGGUGUUCGGGACCAGGCACUUGGCGGCGCUAUACAACCUGGCCGUGCUGCCGGGCGCCGUCGGGUCGUACAUCCUCAACGUGCAAGUGACGGGGCGGCUCUACAACCGUGAGGCUUAG